UUGUGCGGAGUGAGAUACUUUUGCGAUCGUCAUUGUCAAGAGCAAGAGACAAAGGCCUGCCAGUAUUAAAAUGGAGGAGUGGAGUCUCUCGAUCUCCCAAUCUCCCAAUUUAAAUCUGAAGCGAUCGGACUCUCGAAAGCGCUGACGCCGAUGAGAAGAUAUGACUGGAAUCGGUGCUUUGGCGGGUCGAUGGAGCGAUCUCUCAGUUAUUCAGCCGAUGCCCGUGCGUCAGGUUCAUUUUUAUUGUGGGAGUGGCAUUCGAUCGCCCAUCGAGUUCUUUGCAAAAUCAGUCGGUGGCCAGGUCCAGAAAUUAAAAUAAAUAAUAGAAUUAUAUAAAGGUGAAACCAAUACGCGAACACACAUACGUACAUAUGCGUAACACCCUGCUGAAGGUGUAUUUGUAGCUUUCUGUGGAAUCCCCCAGUGCAUUCCGGUUUUCCAAAUAACAACCGAACCACAACAGCAACAAAUAAACGUUGCUUCGUCAGCCGCACAGAAAGACAUUAAAAACCCCCCAAAAAAUACAUUAAUAAAAAACAGAAAAAAAAGUAAAAACCCUCUCAAUAAUUGAUGCACACCCACAAACUCGGUUACGCAAAAGUUCGAUUCGAUUCGUGUGCACAAGGUGUAGUGAAAUAUUAAAGUCCGCUCCCCUCGAAAGUCUGAUAAACGAGGCUCAAACCAACUCUCUUUCCCAGCCGCAUUAUGGUCAAGAUACCAGAACGCAUGAUUGUGUGGAUGCCAUUUCUUUUGGGGAUCAUCUUCCUCUGCUCUGCCAAUGCACAAAGCAUCUUUGGUCCUCCUCAACUUUCGGUGGGAAAUCCUCUGGCGCCUAUAACAGAACAAAAGGCAUUUGGCCAACAAGUCAGUCAUGUUACCUCCAUGCGUUCCAACUUUGAGGCUGGUGACCUAAACAGCAUUGCACAGGGAGUCGAGGACUUCGCACUGGAUAUACUCCAGCGCAUAUCCACUGAAUUGGAGAAGGCCAACAUUGACUACAUGAUAUCGCCCUUCUCCGUGUGGUCGCUUCUCGUUCUCCUUUACGAAGGAUCCGGGGGAGAGACCUACAACCAACUGCGUCAGGUCCUGCGGAUCAAUGUCGAGGAUGCUAAGCUUCGCGGAGCUUACAAGGUGUGGAGUUCUUUUCUGAACACCACCACUCCCACCAUUGAAGUGGCCACUCUGCAGGCCAUUUACACCGGCAAGGAUUAUCUGAUCAAGAACGACUAUCGGAAUUCCGUCCAAAGCUACAAUGUCCAGCCCGUGACAGUGGACUUCGAUAGCCCGUCUUCGGUGGUGCAGAUCAACGAGGACACAAAUCGCACAACUCGCGGUCUGAUUCCAUAUACUAUUUUGCCACAGGAUAUUUUUGGAGCCAGGAUGUUCCUGCUCUCCUCCCUUUACUUCAAGGGGCAAUGGAAGUACCCCUUCAACACAACUUUAACGAGAGACGAACCCUUCUACAACGAAAAUGGCGAGAUCGUCACCAGGAUACCCAUGAUGGUGCAGGAGGCGAACUUCGCCUACGCCUCCAACAUCGAGGGUCUGGACGGAUACGUACUGGAACUACCCUACGGCGUCCAGGACAGGCUGGCCAUGAUCGUGAUCCUGCCCAAGAAGGGUUUUAAACUCAACGACGUGGCCAACAACCUCAAGUCGGUGGGACUACGUGCCAUUCUCGAGCGAUUGAAGGCUUUCAGGAAAAAGGCUUUCGAGGACAACGAGGUGGAGGUCAUGAUGCCCAAGUUCGUCACAACCACAGACUUUGCACUUAAGGGAGUCCUAAACAAGAUGGGAAUCAAGGAUCUGUUUGACGAGAGUGCGGCCAAUUUGGAUCGCAUGUCGUCCGGAUUGUUUGCCAAGCUGAUCAUCCACUCGACGAAGAUCCUCGUGGAUGAGCAGGGAACCACGGCAGGAGCGGUCACGGAGGCAUCUCUGGUGAACAAGGCCACGCCGCCCAAGUUCGUGAUGAACCGACCAUUCCAGUACAUGAUCGUGGAGAAGGAAACCAGGCUGAUUCUCUUCGCCGGCCAAGUGCGAAACCCCAAGGCAAAAGUUGGAAUAAUGUUGGGCUUUCCGUUGCUAUUGGGCAUUUUAGUCCUUUUCUUGGUCCAGAAGCAAAAUGUUCAGGCGCAGAACAAUGUCGCCAAAGGAGUCGAGGAUUUCUCCCUCGAUCUACUCGAACGCGUAUCCGUGUCGAUGCAGAGCUCCAACCAGGACUUUAUGAUAUCGCCCUUCUCCAUUUGGUCCGUUCUGGUGCUUCUCUACGAAGGAUCGAGUAUGGAAACCUAUAACCAAUUGCGUAAGGUCCUGCGAAUCAAUGUGGAUGAGCCAACACUUCGAAACUUCUACAGGGCGAGGAGUCAAUUUCUCAACACCAAACAAUCAGAAAUCGAUGUAGCCUCUCUGCUGGGCGUCUACAUCAGUACGAAUUUUGAGGUCAAGCAGGACUAUCGAAAUGUACUCCAAUCCUAUAAUGUUCAGCCGGAGCAAGUGGAUUUCAACCGCCUGGAUACGGUUAGUCGAAUCAACCAGGCAAUCGAUCGCAGCACCCAAGGACUCAUAAAGAACUCUGUCAAGCAACGAGAUGUCUAUAAUGCCAAAAUGCUAUUGCUGUCCACCCUUUGCUUCAAAGGCAAGUGGAAGUUCCCCUUCGACGAGGCAUUGACCACAAUGGGUCCGUUCCACAAUGAGAACGGCGAGGUCAUCGCACAGGUUCCCAUGAUGAAGCAAGAGGCAAACUUCGCCUUCACCGGCAGAGUUCAAGGUUUGCGUGGUUCUGUCAUAGAGUUGCCCUACGGCUCCUUGGAGUGGCUAUCGAUGAUCGUCGUGCUGCCCCACAAAGGCGUCACAUUGAACAGCCUUGCCAACGAUCUAAAAAAAGUGGGAUUGCAACCCAUUCUGGACAAGUUGGCUGCUUACAAAAAAACAAACAGUGAUGGUAAGAUAGAGGUUCUAAUGCCAAUGUUUGUUUCAUCUACGGACCUCUCACUUAAGGAUAUUCUCAGUCAGAUGGGCGUCCGAGACCUAUUCGAUCAGCAAAAGUCCAACCUAGACCGCAUCGCACCUGGACUGGUCGCCUCGCUUUUUCAGCACUCCACGAAGAUAUUCGUCGACGAACAGGGCACCACGGCGGCAGCGGUCACGGAAGUUACCCUGGAAAACAAGAUUGGACCAGCCAGGGCCGAACUGAACAGGCCCUUCCAGUACUUGAUCGUGGAAAAGGAAACCGGCCUGCUGCUCUUCGCCGGUCAAGUGCGCAACCCCAAGACGGCUUAGCGAUUUGAGGAGAGCCUUUAUUUACAAGCCACAAUAAAUACGCUAGUUUAAGUCAAAUAAAGUUUAUUUCUUGGUA